AUGCUGUACCGCGCCUCUGCUGCCCGCUCCGUGCUCCGGGCUGUCUCGAGCUCCAAUGCGUCCGUAGCUCGAUCGGUGCUCGGCAACCCUAUCUUCAAGGCCCAGCUGACCUCGUCCGCUCGUGCCGUCCGCCCGGCUGUUAAGCCCAACUUUGCGCUCGCCAUUCACAAGCCCGUCACCACCGCUCUCAUCCGCCAUGCUUCUUCCUCGGCCAAGGACGAUGACGACGUUGACAUGAUGGCUGACGCAGCAGAGCAAUGGGCGAGUUCUAACGCAGCGGCUCCCUUCCAGAAAGUUAUCGGCGAGACCUUCAGCUUGAAGGAGGUCCCCAAGGAGGCUAUGGCGCUCGGCAUGGCCGGUGUCCUGCCUUACCUCGCGACCUCGCUUCAGACCGUUUACCUCUCCUGGGAGAUCAACCGCGCCGCCAAUCUCGGUGAGGGUCUGCUCUUCUCUGGCCAGAGCGCCGAGUUGAUGCUCCACAUGAUCGAGCCCAUCCAGGUUGGCUUCGGAGCCGUCAUUCUGUCGUUCCUUGGUGCUGUGCACUGGGGUCUUGAGUGGGCUGGUUAUGGCGGCAAGUUCGGCUACCGCCGUUACGCUGCCGGUGUCAUCGCCCCGGCUGUCGCUUGGCCUACUCUGCUGCUCCCCGUUGAGUACGCUCUGAUCAGCCAGUUCUUGGCUUUCACCUUCCUUUACUACAACGACGCUCGCGCUGCCGCUACCGGCCGUGCCCCUCACUGGUACGGCAUGUACCGCUUCGUCCUGACUUUCGUUGUCGGUGCCAGCAUUGUCGCCACCCUGAUUGGCCGUGAACAGAUCCAGCAGAACAUCGUCUCUGAGCACACUAUCAAGGACAAGAUCAAUGCCUUGAUGUUCCUCCAGAAGAAGGAGAAGGAGGAGGCUGAGGCUCGCCGUAAGGGUGAGCUGGCUGGCGACGAUGAGUAA